UGAGCUGCAGCUCGGCAUGGGCUUCUUUCCAGCUCCACCUGGGCGAUUAAGAAGAGCCUUGCUCAAGGGCACCUUAAAGCGUUUUUCUCCACUUUCUCCACUCAUUUAUUCACCCAGACACGUACUGGUCUGUCCCCCCCACCCCUCUCCUCUUCCCAGCCCUGCUGAUUCUAACCACCUCCCUAGUCUGGCUUGUGUCGCACUCCCCAGUCUGUCACACACCAGGCUCCGGGAAAAUCUGACGUGUUUUUCGCAUUUCCUGCACCAGAGAGAGACGGAGACAGAGCAGUGUCGGAGGGGGGGAGAGAGGCAGCCAGAGGUAUGUCCACGGGAAGUUAAGAUUUAACAGCAGUGGCUGAAACAAGGGCGUGCACCGAGGAGCAUUUACCUACCUACCCACCUACCUACCUACCUACCGCUUGAAUCGGCCCCUCCUCUCCGCCUCUGCUGCGGUUACCAACCGCUGUCUGCUCGCCGAGCUCCGGCGGCUGACAGCACUCAUCUGGAGCCUCCCACACCUAUCCUACCACACGGUGCAAUGCAACACAGGCUUCCACGGUGUCCCGCUACAGCUAACGGAGUUUUUUUAACACCUCGAAGGUAAAAAAAAUUAAAAUAAAAACAUGACAAGAGCGAGUCACAUCUGGGGGCCUUUGCUCGCUUUGUUUUUUUUUGCUAACUCCCCUGUAGCUGUUCAUGUUUCUUCCGUGCACUUCUGAGGAACGCUCCCCCCGGCUAACGGUCCUUUUCUCUGUUGCUGCAGUUUAUGUUUUGUUUUUUGUUUUUUUGUUUUUUUGGGGGGGCGAUAUUUGUAGUAUAUUCGACAAGUAGCCUAUAGACCUUUUCGAUGGAAUCCCAUUGCUAGGCAACAGCCUGGCCCCUUGUUAACUUCCUGUCAGUUGAUGUCAUUACAACUGUGAAAUGGUCCAUAGACGUUUUAAGGCAAGUUAAAAAGCUAAUGCGGACCAAAGCAUUUUUUUUAAAGAGGCGUCGCAGUUUGCGUUUUCUUCGUCACAUUCAACUGGAAGGAUUUUACAGUAUCUGCCCGGAGGACCACCGGUUGAACGGAGCCGUUAUUUCAACCGUUACAGCCACGAGGUGUUAGGAUACAUUUCUGCGAAGUGGUGGAGGAGAAAGGUGGGGUCCUUUACGUUGUAAACAAGCCACAGUUCCAGUAGGCUAAAGAAAGCGGAGGGGCCGUUACAUGCACUGCCAUGGUGAUCUUCAACGGGCAGCUGAAGAUCAAGAUCCGCGAGGCUCUGGACCUCAAACCGACGGCUCUGUCCCUGCGUCACGCCGUCGGCCCCAAGACCCAGACCUUCCUCCUGGAUACGUACAUCGCCCUGAACGUGGACGACUCCCGCGUGGGUCAGACCUCCACCAAGCAGAAGAACAACAGCCCCGCGUGGAACGAUGAGUUCACCACGGAGGUCCACGGCGGCCGCAGGAUCGAGCUGUCCGUCUUCCACGACGCUCCCAUCGGCUACGACGACUUCGUGGCCAACUGCAUCAUCCAGUUCGAGGACAUCCUGCACAACGGCGGCAAGCACUUCGAGAACUGGAUUGACCUGGAGCCAGAGGGGAAGGUCUAUGUUGUUAUUGACCUAUCAGGAUCUUCCAGUGAAGCUCCAGUGGGCUCUGCCGAGAAUGAGGAGCGCGUGUUUCGGCAGCGGAUGCGUCCCAGGAAGCGGCAGGGUGCCGUCCGCCGGAGGGUCCACCAGGUCAACGGACACAAGUUCAUGGCCACCUACCUGAGACAGCCCACCUACUGCUCCCACUGCCGGGACUUCAUCUGGGGUGUCUUAGGAAAGCAGGGCUACCAGUGUCAAGUGUGUACCUGUGUGGUCCAUAAGCGCUGCCAUGAGCUGAUCAUUACCAAGUGUGCAGGGAUGAAGAAGCAGGAGGACACAGUGGAGGAGCCGCUCGGCUCUCAGAGGUUCAGUGUCAACGUGCCGCACAAGUUCAGCAUCCACAACUUUAAAGUUCUCACCUUCUGCGACCACUGCGGCUCUCUGCUCUGGGGCCUGCUGCGACAGGGACUCCAGUGCAAAGUGUGUAAAGUGAACGUACACCGGCGCUGUGAGAGUAACGUAGCUCCUAACUGCGGCGUGGACGCCAGAGGAAUCGCUAAAGUCCUCUCUGACCUCGGAGUCACGCCAGACAAGAUCUCCAACAGCGCCCAGAGACGGAAAAAGCUUCCCCAGGGUCAGGAUCCGCAGCAGCCGUUAUCAGAGACGCCUAAGACAGAAGAGGAUCGCUCAAGGUCCGCCCCCACCUCACCGUGUGACCAGGACGUGAAGGAGCUGGAGAACAUCCGGAAGGCUCUGUCGCUGGACCACCGCGGAGCGGAGCACAAAACGCACCCGCUCUCCUCCGCCACGCCUGUCGCCGCGGUAACGGGCGACGGCGACGAGGCCGGGCGAGUCGGCAGCGUCGGAGUGGAGGGCGAGAAGGGGCGGGAGAACGGUGACGUCAAAGGUCCCGCCGCGCCGCAAAUCAAGAGGAUGAAUCUGCACGACUUUGUGUUCAUCAAAGUUCUGGGCAAAGGAAGCUUCGGAAAGGUGAUGCUGGCGGAGCUGAAGGGCAGCGACGAGGUCUACGCCGUCAAAGUGCUGAAGAAAGACGUGAUCCUGCAGGACGACGACGUGGACUGCACUAUGACCGAGAAACGGAUCCUGGCCCUGGCCAGAAAACACCCCUACCUGACACAGCUCUUCUGCUGCUUCCAGACUAAAGACCGCUUGUUCUUCGUGAUGGAGUACGUCAACGGAGGCGACCUGAUGUUUCAGAUCCAACGGUCCAGGAAGUUUGACGAGGCCAGAUCUCGUUUUUACGCGGCCGAGGUCACGUCCGCGCUGAUGUUCCUGCACCGGCACGGAGUCAUAUACAGAGACUUGAAGCUGGACAACAUACUAUUGGAUGCCGAGGGACACUGUAAGCUGGCAGACUUUGGGAUGUGCAAGGAGGGAAUCCUCGACGGUGUCAGCACCACCACCUUCUGCGGGACGCCAGAUUAUAUCGCACCUGAGAUCCUUCAGGAGCUGGACUACGGCCCGUCAGUGGACUGGUGGGCUCUGGGGGUGCUGAUGUACGAGAUGAUGGCAGGCCAGCCGCCGUUUGAAGCUGAUAACGAAGACGACCUGUUCGAGUCCAUCCUCCAUGACGACGUCCUCUACCCCGUCUGGCUCAGCAAGGAGGCAGUGUCCAUUCUCAAAGCGUUCAUGACUAAGAGUCCUAACAAGCGUCUGGGCUGCGUGGCGGCUCAGGGUCUGGAGGAGGCCAUCAAGUUCCACGUGUUCUUCAGAGAGAUCGACUGGACGCUGCUGGAGCAGAGGAAGAUCAGACCGCCUUUCAAACCUCGCAUCAAAACCAAAAGGGAUGUGAAUAACUUUGACCAGGACUUUACGCGCGAAGAACCCAACCUGACGCCGACGGAGGCCAGCAUCAUCAAGCAGAUCAACCAAGAUGAGUUUAAAGGAUUCUCCUACUUUGGAGACGAGACUGUGGCCUAGAAACACACACACACGCACACGAUUAACAACAUACACAUACGAUUACAACAACAACCAUACACCAACCACAUUUCAGAAAUCUUCAAGCAAAGAUAUAAUAUUUAAAGAGAAACACGCUCCUUCUGGAAUCAAACGUCCUGAACUUUUCCAGAUUCUGACCACUCCAGGAAUUAUACUAGACCAUCUGUAUCUCUCUUUUUUUAUGGUUUCUGUGCUCUUGUUGUUUGUCCAUUGGUGCAUAAUCCCAUCCAAAUAUAUGCUCGAGCAGCAUGUAAGCGCAGGUCAGAUACUAUGAGAAAUGCUCCUUCACUCGGACCGCAUGGAUGUCUGACGCAGGUAAAGCAGUGGACAAAACCAAACUCCGUUUGUGGUGUGUGUGUGUGUGUGUGUGUGUGUGUGUGUGUGUGUGUGUGUAAGAGAGGGAUAAUGUACAAAUGUGCAUGCACGCAUAGUCGAGAGAAAGAGUCAUUUCUGUACAUGAUGUUCUGAAUCCUGUGUCUAUCUUUGUGUCUAAAGAAUGUUUUCUUUUGUUCCCUAAACUUGUGAAUGGGAAAAAGAAAAAAAAGGUUGAACCAAUGAUUGUAUUUAAAGAAAAAAUAAGGUCUUGGAAAGUAUUUUAUUUAUUAGACAAUAAAGAGAUGUCAAAAGGACAUUUUUCGGAUGAAACUAUGAUGGAAUUAGAAGUUUUGUCAGUGCUGUGUUUUAAGUGGAACACUCAAACUGGCUCAUUAUAACUCUAAAAGACGCAACACAAAAGCGACACUUUGGCAUUUUGAAAUUUGAAUUUAGUUUGAUCUCAGCAGUUUCUUUUCUGUUAUUCGAGAGAAGAGUCAUGUGCGCUGUUUUUCCUUCUCUCUCUCCAUAUUUGAGCUUGUUAGUACAUUGAUUUGUUCCCUUUCUUCAUUAAAACCAAAUGGUACCAUUAGACAUCGGCUAACACGCCUGCGGUAACUUAGCACUGGGAGCGUCCAUUGUUGUACUGAGGCAUGCUUGCAGUGUUAACAAGCUGUUUUCCAUAUGACUUGAGACUUGACAUUGACAGUUUUCCAAUGAAGCCAAAUAACUGAAACUGAAAUCUAAAAUGUCAGAGAAGCCCUUUAAAAAAAGUCCUAUUUACUGAAACCUUUUUUGUGUGUGUGUGUGUGUGUGUGUGUGUGUGUGUGUGUGUGUGUGUUUGUGUGUGUACAGUAACUGGGGUUGGGCACCGAAACCCUGCUCCAAAUUGGAAUCGAUUCCAAAAUGCCAAGUCACACUCAUUUCAGUCCUGCUCAUCAGUUCCACCUACACAUGGCGCGCUUUCUGGACCGGACGAAGCAGCGCAGUGUGAUACAUUUUGUUCUGUUUAGGCCAAGGACGCCCAAUCUGGGGCCCAGCGGGCCAAGUUUGGUGCGUUCUCCAUCUUUGUUUUGGCCCACCAUGGCAUUUGACAUGCUCAUGCUUAUUCUCCUCUUCAUUUGAAAGUGCUGUAAAAUCCUGACCGUAAUGAUUACGAAACGUACAUUUUGUGCAGCUAAAAAGUUCUUAAUCUGAGUUUUACGGCAAUUUUAAGCACAGUGCUGGUAAACGUCCCUAUUAAAUUACAUACGUAAGUUUUAUCUACGAAGAAUUAAAAGGAUUAUGGUAUUGAAUGAAUGAAAGAAUGAAGAAAUGUAUUUCAGACAUAUCAAAAAUAAAAAAUUUAGGUAACAAAUAAGCAAAACAUUCAAUAAACAAGAAAGAUUAAUCAACAUAGACAGAAAAGGAGUAGGAAGAAGUAUACACUUAUUUAAUCCUACCCCAUUUUCCAUAUUAUUAUUAUUAUUUGUUUUUUUUCAACGUCAGCAUUUUAUUUUUGGCCUUCCAUCCAGAUCCAUAUUGGCCCUUCAUCUGAAAGAAUUUUGGCACCUCUGGUUUAGUCAGUAUGGGCUUUCCGGAGGUUAGUGUAUAGUAUAUUAACAGAGAAUGGACAGAUUAUUAUUGAGGCAUAUUAACAACAAAUAACAACAACCAAAUGACACUGUAUGAAGUUUAUUUGAUCCGUAAACUGUAUGAAGUGAAUCGUGAAUAUGUUUUUCUUCUUGUGAAUAAGGUUGCUUUCACACCUACCUCGUUUGGUCCGUUUAAAAUGAACGGGGGUCUCGGUUCACUUCCAAGUGAACUAGAGUUGUAGCCUGACAAGCCAGACCCACAUCCAGAUGUUGGGUCUGGGAACUCACCAUUGGCAGGGCUCAAUCCGAGGGGCGGGAUAAACGGUUGUCUUUCACAUUCCCUCUGCACGCAAUA